AUACAUACAUACAUACAUUAUACUGAUACAUACACAAGACUACACAAAACCCGUAUGAACACAACCCCACAACACCAUACUUAACAGAAAUCGAAAAAGAUUGUUGCUUUAAGGUUUUGAUAGCAAUGGGUUCCUCUGAGACGAUGAAAGAGAAUGACUACUUAAUGUUAAAAGAUCUCAAAUUGGAAAUUCAAGAAAACAACGACUCUGCAACAAGGGGUUUUGCAGUGUGUUUCUGGCUUUAUCUACAGACCUGCACUUCAUUUCCCUCUAUUCUCCUUCAUCAUCAGGUUAAUACUGAUGGGACUUGUAGUGUUCCCUUCCUUGGGCUGAAUGAAAAGAAGAAAUUGAUGCUUUUUCCCUUGAGUUUUCUACACCAAGAAGCACCUAGCCCUGGGGAUCAGUCAUGGAUAGAGAACACCUGUGCUUCUUCUAAGACCGAGUUUCCUUUGAAGAAAUGGGUUCAUGUUGGAUGCGAGGUUUCUGUUGAUUUUGUUCGUCUUUACACCAAUGGGGCACUUGUUGGAGUUAAGCCCUUGUCUUCUGCAUUGAAUAGGGACUCACAUUUAAAUGGUCCGGGACUAGUGUCUCUCUCUUCUACUCAUGGAGAAGCUGCAGGUAGUUAUGAGAUACAGGGUUAUGUCCAUGGAGUGGAGAUCUUGUCACCGACGUCACCUCUGAAGAAUUAUUACCUAAAGGAUCCCCCUCUACAAUUAUCUAUUGAUGAAUCAAGUGCCUCAGACAUUGAUGAAGAAUUUGAUGGAGUGUGGGGCAUUGUUGGUGGAAAGGCAUCCUGCCGUAGGAACUUCUCGUUAGAUGUCAUCUUACUGGAUGCUAUUGGCCAGCCUGUGAACAAGGAUGUGGAGGUUGUGGCUUCACUUUUAUAUGCUGACAAUGAGGCACCUGUUGAGAAGCCAAUUGAUGCUGAAGCUCCUCUUCUUACAAGUUAUGAUGGAAUUGAAUUUGCCUCUUGGGAUAGACCAAGUAAACUAAUUAAUGGCCGCGCUUCUUUUAAACUCAAGAUAUCUCAGCUUUCAUCGAAGUGUGACAAUAAGUUGUUCUGCCUUGGAUUCGAAAUUCCAGAUUUAGGGAAAUAUCCUUUUUUUAGAGCAAUAUCCCAUCCAAUUCGCUGUAUUUCUCGACAUCGUUAUCCCCGUGCUUCUCCAUCAACGUGGAAACACCAAACAUCUUCCAUGCAUUUACUUAAUUCUUCUCAGUCUUUUGGUAUGGGUGAAGAAUCCUCCGAUAUUCCGCAGAAUACCGUGAGUGCAGAAAAACAAAGCCCAUCAUCAAAACGUAUUAAAUUAGCACAAGAGAAACCACUUGCAUUAGGCAGGGUUGGUAUUUUGCUGGAGCAAGUCAAUAGGGAAGGCAACCCUCCUGCCUUGAUUUGUAACAAGGACAAUGUUACAAGUUUGCAGAAAUUACAGGAAACCUAUGUAGAGGCAGAAAAGUGUUCAUCUGGUUCAGAAAGUAGUGAAGCAGGAAUAUCUAAAUCCUGUAGCAUCUCAAGUAGUGAAGCUCCAUUUUCAGAUUCGGCUAUAUUUAGAUACUGCCUAGAAGGCCUCAGUGAGAGGUCUCUUAUGCUCAAGGAAAUCGCAAAGGUAGCUUCUGAGCAAGAACUUGUGAACUUUGCAGAGCAGGUUUCUCUGUACUCGGGAUGUUUUCAUCACAGGCAUCAAAUAGGAAUGUCAAAGGGACUGAUCGAGAAUGGAAAUAAAGCUUGGAAUUCGGUUUCAGAAAAAAACAAACAGGUUCUUUGGGAUAAUUUGUCCUCCGAGAUUGAAGAAGAGUUCAAAAAAAUUUCAUGCUGCAGCACAAGAUAUUUAUCAGUGGAGGACUUGGAGCUUCUGCGGAAAAUUGCUGGAUGUCAAGAAGUAGUGAAACGUGAAAACUUUGAGAGGCUUUGGUCUUGGCUUUACCCAGUAGCUUUUACGUUAUCACAAGAAUGGGUAAAAGUUGUUUGGGAUUCUGUGUUACCGAAGUGGAUUGAAGGGUUCAUCACAAAAGAAGAAGCAGAAGCUUCACUCCAAGGUCCUAAUGGGCUUCAAGAUCCUGGGACAUUUGUACUUCGAUUUCCUACAUCAAGAAGCUGGCCCCACCCAGAUGCAGGCAAUCUGGUAGUCACAUAUGUAGGUAGUGAUUAUAAUAUUCACCACAAGCUUCUUUCUUUGGAUUUGAUCAACAGCUCUGGGGCUAAAGAAAGAAAUGUGAAGCCACUAAAGGAAAUGCUACUUGAAGAGCCCGAACUUUCCCGAUUAGGAAGGAUCAAAAGAACUUUCUAGCCCUCUCGCGAUGUAUAUUCCCUUGUAUGACCUGUUUGCCAGAGAAUAUGUACCCCUUUCAGGGCGGGAAGAGCAUCUCUGAUAAUGAAUUUUCAUAACUUUAGAGAUUUGUGUCUUUAAGUACAUAUUUACCAACAAAUUUUUGUCACAGCACAUAUAUAUAUUUGUACAGCUUUAGACC